GUGCCGAGGUCCAGUAGCUAUGGAUGUAGAUCCGGUUCCAUCGGCUUCCUCGGUCGCGCCUCCUGCUAUUCCGGUUACAGUGCCUCCUGUUACCCCGGCUAGCCCGGGUUCUAGCAGGACAAGGUCUCUCUUGAACUGUCCGCCAUCCGAAGCAACUGCAGCCUCCUUCAUGUUCCAGCAUCCGCUAGUAUCUUGUUCCGGCAACUUUCCAUCAGACGACAAGAUGGAUCAGACUUAUGUCGGCUUGAGGCAGGCGACACUUGAUUCUAUUCUUGACAAGAUCAGUCGGGGACCAGCUGAGACGAAGCGCUGCUUUUCUGAGGUAGCUACUGAAUCUCAAGCCAGAAUUCACAUGGGCUCGCUGUUUCCCGGCUUUCGGUACGUGAUUCCCCGUGAUCGAGACAUGAUUGCAGAAGUGGAAGGAGUCACAUUCUAUGUCGUGCAACGCGACGAGAAUGGUGAGAUAAUUCGUGACGACGACGGAAACGCUGUUUUCGAGGUAAAGACGGACAUGCGGGAAUACCACGAGGUCGAGUACAAGGACGAACCCAAGCGGUGGCGUUGCGACUUCAAGAGCAAAGUGAAAAACGUUGAAUUAAUCCAGUGGAUGAAGAAGCAUUAUCCUUACGUGAAGCCCGAGUUCUGGCUGCCGGUUUCCGUCACUGAAGCUAAAUGGAGUUUGAAAGACGAGGACACAUUUCAGUCGGGUUCAUCUGGCUGUAACGAGCUUUUGAGGGAGCUCGAGGAAUUUCACCCCGUUGAUCGACUGUAUACCUUUGUUUGGGCCAACGAUGUGUACAACUAUGGGAUUUUGGACAUUUUUGGAUUCGUGACAGUCUGCGACGGCGAGAUCACUCCAGAAAGCUACGCGGCGUACAAGAAGCAUGUUUCCGGUAUGAGAGACUGGUUGAAGACCUCCUUCCCCGAGGAAUCGUAUAAGCUGGUGCCAGGUACUCUGGAGGAACUGCAAGCACAAUAUGAUACGCGCAAGGUCCAAUAUGAAAGGAAAACCGGCACAACGCUCACUCGAAGGAACUCCAAGUGUCUGGUCGGGGUUUACUACGUAAAACCCGAUAUGAGGAAGAAACUGGUUACUGGCAAUCUCGCAACAGACCUUGAGGACGCUUACAACUUCGUUCAGGGCUUCAUGAGGAUACACGUCGGAAAUGAAUUCCUUGCGUGGACGCCGGAAAUGGUUGAAGACAUAUACCAGCAAAGACUCGUAGAAAUCCGUAAAGAGCAGCGGAACUUCUUCAAGGCGAGAGUCUUUGAGCGGAACCUGGUGCUGUACGAAUCUGAGCUGAAGGCAACAAAAGGGGAACUGUGCAGCAUCAAGGAGUCGGAAGACAAGUAUGUCAUCCGUCUCAAACUACCGAGAUUUGCAGGGAGAAUAGACAUUGUAUCUGGCCCUGUGAAAGGUGACCUGCAAAAGACGUGUCUGGACAUGGUGAAGAUUUACAGCAACGAGGAGCCUGUGGAGGACGAGUGCUGCCUCAGCAUUGUGUUUGAAUUCUCGUCCGUCGAUACUAAUCAGUCCUUUUGGGAGUACGACAACCAACAGGUGAUCAUUUUUCUUCCGAAGAAGACACCUCCGCAGCUGGAGAUUGUCCGUAUGCGGAAGAAACAGAGGAUCUGCUGAAAGAGUUAACGUUCCGUUUUGCCUGGUAAUCUGAUUUGUAGAAGAUGUUUUGAUCAAGAAACUGUAUAGCUCAGUAAGAACUCUAGCUGUCUCUGCCUGUUGGUUUUGGUUUAAA